ACGAAUUUCCUAUUUCCAUUGAAAGAGUGUACUUCGAUUUGCCCCCGGUUUUUUUUUUUAUAAAUCAAGAAUUGGUUGCUGUGAAAUCAGAAACGUUAUUCAGCAUCAUAAUAUUCUUAGUUCCAUCAAUAAAUAAUGUCAGAAACCAAGGAGACACCUGCCAAACAAUAUGUUGAUGAAAAAGAUAUUCCAAAUGUCUGGUUGGUAAGACCCUGUGAGUCGUAUAAAGAUGAGCACUCUGAGUGCAAAUCAAUCAGAGGGCGCUUUCACCAAUACUUUAUUCAUGGAGAAAAUCUUGACUGUGCUCAGUGGCAGACAGAUUUUGAAAAUUGCAUGAAAUUUCGCUUGCAAAAAGAUAUACCUGCACUGGAACAAGUCAUUAAAAGUGAAUCGAAGCGACGCUACGAAAGAUUGGCUCCGCACUAUUACAACGAUGUUUGGAAACAUCGAGAUAAUCCUCCGGAAGACUGGAAUAAACCAUUGCCACCUAAAAUGCAAGAAGAAUACAAGAACACCUAUCUUGAUCACAAAGCUCGGGAAUAUAAAGCGUCUCAGACGUGAUGUAAUAAUUUUCACCGUUGGUAGAUUUAGUUUAUCGUAGCAAUAAAAUAUGAAUUAUUGAAAGCCA